UGACAUAUCGCCUUGUAAUAUUUACCUCAUAUUUCAACUCUGAAAUAGUAAUAUUAUUAAAUGUGAAAAUGAUUGAAUUAAUGCAGGAUAUUGAUUUGGAGAAUUAUACGCUCAUCUUACCAUCGGUAGCGGUUGGAAACGUUGGACAACUGUCUGUUGAUUUACUCAUUUCGAAUCUUAACCUUCCAAAAGUCGGUCAAAUUUUUAGCGCGUCAUUCAUACCUAUUGUUGGCGCAAACGCCUAUCAUGAGCAUUCGAAUGAGCUUAUCACGACGAUUGAUAUUUACGCGGGGAUCAAGGAACGUAUUGUCGUUAUACAGAUCCGAUCGCCGUAUGUUGGAGAACUUUUAGAAUUUUUCAACGAAAUUACGCAAUUUGUCACCGAGAGAAAAAUAGCUAAAGUAAUAAUUCUUGCAAGCAGUCAUGAUUAUGUAAAAAGAGAAGUCCAACCGCAGCAUCUUAAGUUGAGAUAUGUUGCCUCUCCUAGUAUACAGUCUCAGACUGGUAAACUCUUUGAUGACCUCAACUGGAUUCCGCAUAAACCGAAAGACGUGACUGGAGAGGAAAGAUUGCAGAUACCAGGGGGUGGAUUUGCUAAGAGCAUCUUCAACUUUCUGUCUAAUGCUAACAUUCCUUGUGCUAUCUUAUUCAAAUUCUGUUCUGAAGGGGAUAAUAUAGAAGAUGCAAUAGCUCUGGUGUGCUAUUUAGAUCAAUGGAUAUGUGUAUUAGAAUCAAGCAGUAAUAAUUUGAAGUAUCCACCGUCUUGGAAACACUUAUUUGGGAAGCCACCAUCACAGGAUAUGUAUUGA